GAGGAGGAGGAGGAGGAGGAAGAUCAGCCUGAACUACCGACUGGAUUAACAGGUGCGUUCGAGGACGCGUCCUUCAGUUCCCUGUCGGACCUGGUGAGUGAGAACACCCUGAAGGGCGUGAAGGAGAUGGGCUUCGAACAGAUGACUGAGAUCCAACACAAAACCAUCCGACCCCUGCUGGAGGGGAGGGACAUCCUGGCUGCAGCCAAAACAGGAAGUGGUAAAACGUUAGCCUUCCUCAUCCCGUCCAUCGAGCUGAUCUACAAGCUGAAGUUCAUGCCGAGGAACGGAACCGGGGUGGUGAUUCUGUCUCCGACCCGGGAGCUGGCCAUGCAGACGUACGGCGUGAUGAAGGAGCUGAUGACUCACCACGUGCACACGUACGGGCUCAUCAUGGGGGGCAGCAACCGCUCGGCCGAGGCCCAGAAACUGGCCAAAGGAGUCAACAUCGUGGUGGCGACGCCGGGCCGCCUGCUGGACCACCUGCAGAACAGUCCUGGGUUCAUGUACAAGAACCUGCAGUGUCUGAUCAUCGACGAGGCCGACCGGAUCUUAGAGGUGGGCUUCGAGGAGGAGCUGAAACAGAUCAUCAAGCUGCUGCCGAAGAAGAGGCAGACCAUGCUGUUCUCAGCCACUCAGACCCGACGGGUCGAGGACUUGGCUCGGAUCUCCCUGAAGAAGGAGCCGCUGUACGUGGGAGUGGACGACAACAAAGACCAGGCUACAGUGGACGGCCUGGAGCAGGGCUACGUGGUGUGUCCGUCAGAGAAACGCUUCCUGCUGCUCUUCACCUUCCUGAAGAAGAACCGUAAGAAGAAGCUGAUGGUCUUCUUCUCCUCCUGCAUGUCGGUCAAGUUCCACUACGAGCUGCUGAACUACAUCGACCUGCCCGUCAUGGCCAUCCACGGCAAACAGAAGCAGACCAAACGGACCACCACMUUCUUCCAGUUCUGCAACGCCGACUCGGGCAUCCUGCUGUGCACGGACGUGGCCGCUCGAGGACUCGACAUCCCCGAGGUGGACUGGAUCGUCCAGUACGACCCGCCGGACGACCCGAAGGAGUACAUCCACAGGGUGGGCCGGACCGCCCGCGGCAUCGACGGCAGAGGCCACGCCCUCCUCAUCCUGCRGCCUGAAGAGCUGGGCUUCCUGCGUUUCCUCAAACAGGCCAAGGUCCCUCUGAGCGAGUUCGAGUUYUCCUGGACUAAGAUCUCUGACAUCCAGUCCCAGCUGGAGAAGCUGAUCGAGAAGAACUACUACCUGCACAAGUCGGCGCAGGAGGCCUACAAGUCGUACGUGAGGGCGUACGACUCGCACUCGCUCAAACAGAUCUACAGCGUCAACACGCUCAACCUCCCCAUGGUGGCGCUGUCCUUCGGUUUCAAGGUUCCCCCCUACGUGGACCUGAACGUCCACAGCAGCAAAGGCGUGAAGAUGCAGAAACGAGGCGGCGGCGGCGGCUUCGGCUACCAGAAGUCCAAAAACGUCAACAAAUCCAGAAUCUUCAAACACGUGAACAAAGGGAGGAGCGACCGGCGGCAGUUCUCCCGCUGACCAUUCUCUGACAUGAACUUUGACCUUCUGUAAAACGUUCCACUCCUCUGACCCCCUGAGCAACCAUAAAGUGUUUAAUAAAUGAUGUCACCAGGA